AUGAUGAAUAUACUACUUGAAGGUGAUAGCUGGGAUUUUUCUUGUUCGGACGUAAAUGUUCAAGCCGUGACAAAGGCUAUCAUGAAAAAUGGUAAACCGUUACCAACGAACACUCAAAAAUAUGUAUUUACGCCGAAGGGUGUGACAAUCAAAAAUCUUACUCCUGCAGAUUCAGGAUCGUACAAAUGUCAACGAGCACCGAAACCAAUGACGUGGACAUUCAACGUUGAUGUCAAACCGAAAGGAUCAGGCACAUAUGCAUGCAAAACACUCGAGCAGCAAAACUGGAUUUCGACGGACAUAAUCGUCACAAAACGAAUAGGUCCUGGCGGUAUGGCUCGUCUUCCGAUUGCAAAUUCUACAAAAGUACCAAAAUAG